UAUCUGUCUACCUACCUCUCAUAUUCUUUUCCCUGUAUUUUCAUUUUUUUGUUUGUUUGUUCUGUCUGCACAAGUCAAAAUGGAUAUGCUAUUCUACCUGUGCUAGAGGUUUCCCUCUCAUCCACACAUUUUAACGGGCCAAGCCUGAAUUUGUCAGUGUUCAGUUCUCCUUCCUCCCCUGUCAAUUUCAUGCUUCAAUGAAUCCUUCAAAUGCUCCUCCUCCCUGAUUUGUGAUUCUUAUUUGAGAAAAAAAGGUAAUAUUUUUCCUGUCCUUUCCUGUUGAUUUUAUCGCUGCUCAGCUCCAGGAGUCCAGGUGCCUCGCUAUGCAGCGAUCGAGUGUGCUGUGUGAUGCUCGCCGUGGUGGUGAUCUGAGCCAUGAACCAGUUCGUCCCUGAUUGGAGCAGCAACAUGGGAGACGCCUUCGCGCCAUUGGGCGGAGAGGACGACGGGCUCAUCGAGCUGCUGUGGUGUAAUGGCCAAGUGGUCAUGCAGAGCCAGGCGCCGCGGAAGCCGCCGAGGCCCGAGAGGGCGGCGACCACGGCGACGGCUCUGGGGGUGCAGGACGACGAGGCGGCGGCGUGGUUCCAGUACCCUGUGGAGGACCCGCUCGAGAGGGACCUGUUCUCGGAGCUCUUCGGCGAGACGCCGGCCAACGCCGGCAGGGCGUGCAAGGUCAGCAAGGAGGAGGAGUGCGGGGGUGUGGCCGCGGUGACCGCGCCCCAGAGCACGCUGAUGCCGCCGCCGAUGCCCGGGCACGCGCCGCGGGAGAAGGCGACCUUGGGAGACGGCUGCGUCUCGGACGGUGCCGUGGCAAAUAUGUCCGUCGGCGAGUGUACGGCGGCGACGGAGGCCGGCGAGUCGUCCAUGCUGACGAUCGGGUCGAGCUUCUGCGGGAGCAACCAUGUGCAGACGCCCCGCGCCGCGCGCGCCCGCGCACAGGGCGACGGUGCACCGCCGCCGGGGAGCGGGAAAACCGAUGCCAGGUCCCGCGACGCGGCGACGGUGACCUCGUCAUCGAUGCAGCCGAGGUCAUGCGCCGCCAAAACCGGGCUUCCCGGAUCCGCCGCCCACCGGAGCGGCAAGCGGAAGCAGCGCGACGCCACAGAGACCGAGGUACACUCACUAUUGAUCGCGACAUCGUCGCAGCACAAUCACACGACUGGAUCGAUCAAUGACACAGCCGCAAUGCAGGAUGUGGAGUUCGAGUCCGCCGCCGUGACGUGCGAGCCGGCGCAGAAGCUGACGACGGCCAAGCGACGGCGCGCUGCCGAAGUCCACAACCUCUCGGAGCGGAGGAGAAGGGACAGAAUCAACGAGAAGAUGAAGGCCCUGCAGGAGCUCAUACCUCACUGCAACAAAACGGACAAGGCGUCGAUGCUGGACGAGGCGAUCGAGUACCUCAAGUCUCUGCAGCUCCAGCUGCAGAUGAUGUGGAUGGGCGGCGGCAUGGCGGCGGCGGGCCCGGUGAUGUUUCCGGCGGGGCUGCACCAGUGCAUGCAGCGGAUGGUGGGGCCUCCCAACGUGGCCUCCAUGCCCCGGAUGCCGUACAUGGCGCCGCCGGCCGUGCAGAUCCCCCCGGUCGGCCACAUGCCGGUGGCUGACCCCUACGCGCACUGCUUCGCCGUCGACCACCUGCAGCCGCCGUCCCCCAUGCAUUACCUGCAGGGGAUGAGCUUCUACCAGCAGCAGAACCCGGCGCUGCCGCCGCCCGUCGUGUCGGGCAGCAGCCUGCCGGCGGCGAUCGCAAGGACAUUUCCUUCUGACGGCACUCUGCACAAAAAAUACGAAAACUGUAGCAAGGCUGAGAUCAAGGGUACGACCAGCUGAUUGGCGAUCGAUAUGUUUGGGUAGUUGGUAAUAGUUCUGAUGCUGUCUGGUUGAGACUUGAUCGAGAUCGAUAUCUGAUUGAUCAUAGGGAAAUCUGAGAUUAGUUGAAUCCCUUUACUGAUCUUUUUUCCCCGUUUGACAGGCAAUGUAAUUUGAUCGGUGAUUGAGAUUCGUCGCAAGUCAUGAAAUUCUUUCUCACUAUGUAUUGAUUCUUUUUUUUUUCUUUCUCGAAACACCAUGAAUGUGUAGCAAUUGUUGAUGUACCAGUUCGGAUUGAUGUAAACUAAAUUGUAUUAUAAUACACUACCGAUAGGACAAUUCCCAAUUA